UCCAUUUGGCAGUUGGCAACACUGACCCAAACAUCUGAGGCGACUGUGUUGUUGUGCCACAGCUCUACACCUGGUGGGUACUGCAGUAGACUUGUGGCUCGUUUUCUUCAUCUCAACAGCAGCAGAGGUUCGUAGUAAAGAUGUUUAUUAAACCAUUUCGGAUCAAGUCGCAAACGCAGUUAAAGGGGUCAGAAAGGAAAAAGUUGCGAGCUGAAUUGUUUCAGGCAUAUCCAUCUUUAACAUCAAAUGAUUUGUCCAAGCUGAUGCCUAACAAAGAGGAUGUUACACUUGUGCGCAUGUAUUGCUACAAAGGAGAAUCCGUCAAUGUUUACCAGGUACAAAAGGACCCUUUGUUCUUCAUGGUUGAGAAGGAAAAAGAAAUCUACCCCACAGUAUAUUUACUAUGGAAAUGUCCAGAUCUUAUGCAUACUUUCACAACGCACGCGCAUGUCAUUGCCAUCUUAGCGGGUGGAGCAGAUCUCAUGUUGCCUGGAAUUAUUACGAAAGGAGAGAUGAAUCCACAUUCAUAUGGCAAGUUUGAGAAAGGCUUCCCUGUUGCUGUCAACACUACAGAAAACAAGGUUCCUGUUGCCAUUGGCAUCACUGCACAUAGCUCUAUGGAUAUGUUCAUGUCUGGAAGACAUGGAAAAGGUGUCAGCAUCCUCCAUGUUUAUGGAGAUCAGUUGUGGGAAAUGGGUACCAGAAGUCCACCACCUAAAUUUGGGCCUCCUGACAUAAUGCUGAGUGGUGAAGAUUCUUUAGAAAAGGAAGAUAAUAUUGAAGAAGUUGUAGACUUUAGUGAAACACAUGAAGGUGAAAUAAUAGAUGAGAUUUCAAGAGAUCAAGUAACAAAUGCUCUUCAAGAAUUGGACUUAGAUGAUCAGACACCUGACAGCCUCAGCAGCCUUAGUCCAGAAGCCAGCCCACCACAAGAGGAAACAACCCAACCAACUGGCCCUGAAGUAAUGGAUAAGCUACUGCUUCAUUGUUUCCUGAAGGCUUGGAAGACUUCUGGAAAGAAAGUGGAGGUCCCCAUCCUUACUAGCAACUUUUACCGCUUACACAUGAUCCCCGCUUGUCCUGAUGGAGCCUCUUUGGAUAUUAAGAAGUCAUCAUAUAAAAAAUUGUCUAAGUUCUUAAAUGCCAUGGCCAAGAAUGAAUUAAUUCAGGUGAAGGAAUUCCCUAAGGGCAUAGAAAAUAUAACAGCAGUUAACUGGGCACAUGAAGAUAUCAAGUCCUUUAUUGUUGACAAGGAAGAAACAAGCAUAAAGCCUGAGGUCAACAAGAAAGAUAAUUCCAGAACAUUCAUACCUCCUCUUAUAGAAGAAGUUAACCAAGUGUCAGGAGAAACGGUGCAAUUUUUUAAAGCUAAUGGCCUAAGUAAAGGCGAUGUGUUAUCAACGGCAGAAGUAAGAAGCAUAGUUACAGAAUACAUAAGAAGCAAGGGUCUUCAGAAAGAAGGCCAAAAGACAGUUAACCUUGACCCUCUUCUGCAUGAAGCAGUAGUCAACAGGAAAGAAGGCUACAAGGAAACCUUGCGGUGGGAUGAAAUCUUUUCUCGCGUGUUGGGAAAAAUGGCACCAGCAGUGAGAAUUACCAGACAUGGUUCUGUCCCAGUUAUCAGAAAAGGCAAACUAGAACCCAUAGACUUGGCAGUAGCCAAGAGAAGUGGCAACAAGAAGGUAACAUUAGUGUACAAUGCCAGCAUAUAUGGUAUAGAUGAGGCAGAAUUUGCUCACCAAAUCCAGGUUGGAGUUGCUGCUAGUACUAGUGUUGGACCAGCAGAACAUAAGCCCCAAGGAACUACCCAAGUCCUCAUCCAGGGAAAUCAAGUUGCUUUUGUUGGAAAGCUUCUCUUAGAAACUUACCACUUACCUCGAAAGUACAUCCGAGGUUUGGAAUUGGCAGGGAAGAGCAAGAAGUAGCAGAGUUUAUUUUCAUUUUGUAUUAUUAUUAUUUUAUUUUAUUUAAUUUAAUUACUGUAUUAUUAUUUUUUUUUAAGAUUUGAUCUAUGCUGUUGCCUUAUGAGCAUAACUGGUACAGACUCCUAAAGUACAGUCACUAUUAAAUCUUAGUGGAAAAUCAGUUGACCCAGUUGUUGGUAAUAAAUCUUCAUUUGACGCUAGGGCUGAAAAAAAUAUAUAUUACUCUGACAAAUAGUAAGAACGUGAGUGUAAGUUACACUAAAGUUUUGAAGUAAUAAGAAACUAUUGAUAUUUAUUCUGAAAAUUUUCCUACCAUGUUAUAUUUUAUUUUAAUAGAUAUUGUUAGUUAACUUCAUAUUAUACUCAUUUACCAUGAUAUUUCUUGAUUCAAUAAAUUGUAAAGGUUUUCUAUUUUA